CGUCUCAAAACAAAAGUGUGAUGUCCUUUGGUUAAAGUUCUUGCGUUGUUUUCGGUGAUUUGUGUUUUGGAUGUUGUUAAACACUUACGUUGCUACAUGUCCCCGCUGCGUUCAUGGUUCAAGGAAACACCCACAGCUUACAGGACCUUCAGCAGCCUGCUGUCUCCUCAAAGGUUUUUGUCCAGAGAGAUUACAGUUCAGGAACCAUCUGCAAGUUUCAGACAAAGUUCCCCUCGGAACUUGAGUCAAGAGUUGAUAAGCAACAAUUUGAAGAGACCAUCCAGACUCUAAACAACUUGUAUGCAGAGGCAGAAAAACUUGGAGGGAAGUCUUACUUGGAGGGAUGCCUCGCUUGCCUAACUGCAUAUACAAUUUUCCUCUGUAUGGAGACCCACUAUGAAAAGGUGUUGAAGAAGAUUGCCAGGUACAUUAAGGACCAGAAUGAGAAGAUCUAUGCUCCCAGGGGCUUGCUGCUGACUGACCCUAUAGAGAGAGGUCUCCGAGUUGUUGAAAUUACCAUCUUCGAAGACAGAAGUAUUGGCUCUGGAAGAUAAAGAACACUGAGCUUCUUGUACAGGCUGAAGACUCUAAACAGAUACUCCUCAUCAAUCUGGCAGCAUGUGUUUGGAUGUCUGCUUCACCUGAAUGGCUGUAUAUAAUUUUCAUUUGAUCAUUUUCUCUGUUAUUUAUAAGUACUUUACUGUGUAUCUCUUGUUAAAUGUUUAUGUUCAUAAAUGUGUUUCAUGUCUUUUUUUAUACACGAGGCCAUAAAGAAAUCAUGCUAGUUGUCAAGAGUGCCCUUGUGUUAAAUGCCAUUUUUUGAACACGGUUAUCCUGAGUGAUUUAACUAAAGUGUAUUUUUUGCCAAUGAUGCAAAGUACCAGAAAUUGGCCAAGCAGUAAUUUUUUAAAGGGUGUGUAAAACAAUGUCUUUAAGUUGGCUGUAGCCUUAUGUUGAGGCUAUUUUUUGUCUACCUGUGCAUGAAUGGGAUUCUUUGGGGGAAAGUGUGUGUUGUGAAACAAACAUGGAUUACACAAGUUCUGGACUGAGGAUUCCAAACAUGGAGCAUGUUUACUGAUAAGUCCAUCACAAAAUCAUGAUAACGUGACCCUGUACCUUUUGAUGUGUCUUGUCAUGUUACAACUGCACUAAAACUCAUGUUAUAUGUUUCUCAGAUGAUGAAUUUCUUGCAUUGCGAAUGUUAUCCCCUUUGUACUUAUCACUAAACACCACAGUAACCUUAAACUCUCCUAAUUCCACAAAUGAGUACUAGAUUGUGUUUGAUACAGCUGGUCUACUUUUCUUACAGAUGUUCUGUUUUAUCUAAAUAAAUGUUUUGGGUUUUUUUUGUCUCAAAA